GAAGACAUCAACGCGCAGGACCGAGAAGGAAACACUAGUUUGCACGAGGCAGUUGAGAUGAACCACACGACGAGCAUCGCCUGUCUGCUUGCUCACGGUGCCAAAACAGAGAUACUCAACAGGAAGAACAUGGCGCCCACUCAUCUGGCAGUCGAUCUCAACAGAAUUGAUUCGCUUAAAGAGUUGCUGAGCCAUUCAUCGUCGGAUCCAAAUGUUCCAGGAGAGAACGGAUCAACUCCUCUUCAUUACGCGGCAUGGAAGGACAGACCGGAAUGUGCCAGGAUCCUGGUUAGUUGA